CGUUCUCGGAGAGCCGACAAACGUCUGAGGCUUCUCUUCUGUCUGAGAGCAGGUAGGACCAAACCCAACCAUGUCUGGAGUCAAAGGAGGAAGCGGCCAACAGAAGGACCAGAAGAAGGAGGUUCCUCACCCGGGUCCUGCUCAGAAGAAGGAGGAAAAACCAGAACCCGCCAAGGUUGUGAAGGAGGAUAAGAAGCCGCCAUGUGCUAAACCAGAACCAGCCGCACCGGCUCCAUCCCAACCAGCCGCGCAAGCUCAGUCCCAACCAGCCGCACCGGCUCCGUCCCAACCAGCCGCACCGGCUCCGUCCCAACCAGCCGCACCGGCUCCAUCGCAACCGGCCCUCCCCAAAGGCAAGCAAGGAUGCAAGAAAUAAGGACCUUAAAUCCAGAGUAGUCUUCGCAUGGACUCGAAAUGCAGUCGUGUAUUAUUUUGGCUGCUUGCAUUCUAAAUCAAAAAACAGCUGAUCACCAAUAAAAUGUAUUGAUUAUG